CCUGUUCACAAACUGUUCCACGAUUUUGACACGUUUCCCAGCACUGCCAAUUUAGCAGUGUAACCAGCAUUUCUGUGAACAUCUGUUCGCGCGGUGGCUGUUGUUGUUUUUGUCCACCAAUUAGCUUCGCACCGGUUGCAAUGAAAAUAAUUGCUUACCUGGUGCUUUUGGCCCUCUCAGUUGGUCAGUUGAACGCCUCCAGGUCCCCCAAAUCCGACCAGGUGAUCAUCGGCGAGUGCCCCGGUCGCAGUGUGUCCCAGAUUCGAGCGGAAGCGGCCGAGUCCGAGAUCUCGUUGCUUUUCUACUACGUGUCGUGGGCCAGCGAAGCCCGGCAGGCCCGACUGGUGUACAAUGGACUGGCUCACUACUACCAGGAGUACGCCUUCUUUGGGGCCAUCGACUGCUGGCAUCUGCAGUGCAACUGCAGCCGCACGUUGAUGCCGGCGCCCGGAGUCGUUGGAGCAGGCGGCUAUCCGGACAAAUGGCCCACUCUGGUGGUGCGCUACGGCCAGAAGCAGAUGCUGCAGUACCAGGGCGCUUGGAGCUUCGAGGAGCUGGCCCGGUUCAUGAACCACCUGCUGCAGCCGCUGGACCGGGCGCACAGCAGCCAGGAGCUUGCCGCCAUCCGAAAACACUCGGAUGCAGUGGUUCUGGGCCUGAUAGACUCGCCGGACAAUCCAGCCUUCAAGCGAUACCUGGCCGCUGGCCUGCGCUGGCUGGAACUGGAUCCGGAGAGGAAUAUCCGCUUCACAGUGAACUUCGGCAGCAGUGCCCAUAAGAUGCUGAAGGCGCCAGACUCCAGACUGCCCCAAUUGAUAGUCAUCGACAGUCGAAAUGGAGUGCAUACGUUCACCAGUACUUCCGGUGACUGGAAGACAAUGGACAUUCUGCGCUGGGUGCGGAACACUCUAAAGAACAUGUCACUGUUCUCCAACGGAUAUGGCACCCCCAUGACCAUUGCCAUGAAGGCGCGCCAUGUUCCCGUGCUGGCCAUGGGUGUGCGGAUGAAUCACUACCACCAUGCCAGUGUCAUGGGUGAGGAGAUGGCCACUGCUCAAAAGAAACAGUCUGAGGGGUGCGAGGAUUACUGGAACACAUCGGAGGAGCAGGCGAAUGAUUCCUUCUCACUAAUGCAAUUUCCCAAAGAGCUGUUUUGGGACACAGAUCAAGCGCAGAGCUGCCAUCCCAUCUGGAGAAAAAGCCAAGCCACGUUGGCCAACUAUUAUCGGAUUAACUCGUACCUAAACCACGUUUGGAGGCAGUUCGCUCACAGCAAUCACCUAAGAAAUCGAAAGGUUCCCCUCCUGCUGAGGCUGCACUCGCGGAAUCUCUGCCUGGCUCACUCGCAGCAUGGAACGCCGGCCAUGAAGAUCGGGAUUGCCAAGAUGGUCACCAAGUAUGGCCAACUCAUUUGGCAGCACUCUGCAGAGCAUGCCGCCCACAAUCGUUCGCUGGGGGUGGUGAUCUUUGAUUCGGUAAAGUAUCGGGACUAUCUGCAUCAGCUCGGCAUCCCGCAGCACCAUCAGCAGGUUCAGGUUUUCAUUGUGGAUGCGGCGGAGGAGUCGAUGUACGUGAUGCCUCAGCAGCAUACCUUCUCGUAUGUGGCACUAAAGGAUUUUAUACGGCAGUUCUACGCCAGAACGUUGCCCAGGACUCACAGGAACGCGCCUGCUACGAUGGAUUCGGGGUACAGCCGGAAAUACAACAGGCAAAUGUUGCUCAAGGCGCUCCAGCAACCUAACGCCACCAACGUGGUAUUUAUGCAUCGCCCGGACUGCGCACUAUCUGGCGUUUUGUCGCAAGCGUUCCUGCAGGUUUCGGCGCUACUGAGCAGCGCCGAAGUGCACUUCGUUAGCUUCGAUAGCCAGGCCAACGAUCUGCCCUGGGAACUGGCCAUGCCGAUCUCGCCGUCGCUGAUUGUCUUCCCGCAGGCAAAGCCCACCGAAUCCGUAGUGUUCCCCACCGACGUGCGAAUUGAUGUCCAAAGCGUAUUCGCCUUUGUGAUCGCCCAACUGGAGCCGGAGCAGCAGGUGCGUUCGGUCCUGGCCAGCUGCAGGCGGCGGAUGCGAAACGUGAGGAGCUGCCUAGACUUUGCCCGCAACCUGGUCCUGCAGCACGUCAGCCAAUACCUGAAGUUCUGGGAGAUUUACGAGCGGGAACGGGACGCCAUACUCUCCCACCUCAAGGAGUUCAACGAUUUGCACAUGUCCAUCGAGAGCAGCAUUCGGUUAUAGCGAAUUCCCUCCGAACUAGACUCUUACCUAGUACUUACCGUUGAUAAUUCCAGGGUAAGCAACUGCCUACCCGCUUACUUGUAGCUUGUAAGUUCAAAGUUGUCUCGUCAUAAGGUAUUUAACACUCAUAGUUGUAUCGAAUUAUACAUAAAUAAAAGGUAAAUCAAUUUAUUAACAACAA